AUGCAACUUCUAGUCCCAAAUUCACUUAGCCAUUUCCAUUUCUUUCAAAAGCUACCUCCUUUAAGCAGACCAUACUCAUCACUAUUAGAAUCUGAUGAUGAUAAACCCCAAGAUCACUAUUUUACUGUUUCAUACCUCAUCAACUCACUUGGGUUUUCCCCAAAACUAGCUCUCUCUUUGUCCAAGACCCAUAAGCUUCGGCUUAAAUCUCCAGAAAGACCAGACUCGGUUAUUAGGCUUCUCAAACACUAUGGUUUCAGUGAUACCCAGAUACCCGAAAUUGUUAAGAAACAACCAUCCUUGCUUUUAUGCAAUGCUGAGAAGAUUCUUGCGCCCAAACUCCAGUUUUUGGGCUCUAUUGGACUUUCAGCCACCACCAUUGCUGAGGUCAUGAAUUACAACCAACGCAUUUUGGCUCAAAGCUUGGAGAGAAGUCUCAAACCGUGCUAUGACAUUAUCAAAAGUGUCCCCAUCCCCGACGACAUGGUGGCUGUUUUCUUUAAGAACUCAAGGCGAGCAAUGGGGGUCAAAUUACUAAGCAAUCUUCCUCCUAAUAUUUCAGUUCUUAGGGAAAUUCAGGUCCCGGAAUCGGCCAUCUUAUUUUGUGUGACCUAUCAUCCUCUUGUGUUGGCCCCUAAUACUAGCAAGCUUAGGGAAAGUGUAAACAAGAUCAUUAAUAUUGGAAUUCUGCCUUCGAGUUUUACUUUCAUGAAGGCGCUACAAGUGGUCUCUCAGAUGGAUGAAUCAAAGUGGGCACAAAAGAAGGAGUUCUAUAAGAAGUGUGGUUGGACUGAAGAAGAUUUUCUGUUUGCAUUUAGAAAGAACCCCUUGUUUAUGAGCUUGUCAGAGAAGAACAGUUCAAGUAAAAUGGAGUUUCUUGUGAACGAAAUGGGUUGGCGGUCUGCAGAUGUGGCUGAAUAUCCGGAUAUUCUUACUCAUAGUUUGGAAAAGUCUAUCAUUCCUAGGUGUUCAGUUAUUAGAGUUCUUCAAUACAAGGGUUUGAUCAAAAAGGGAGAACGUUCUCUAUCCACCAUGCUGAUAAACAGUAAGAAGCGCUUCCAUGAUAGGUUUGUGAGCAAAUAUCAGGAGCGAGCACCUGAACUGUUGAGUAUUAUUCAAGGGAAAAUGUCUCUUGCAGAAUUUGGUCUAGGAUUUGAGGAAAGAGGUGGAGUGAAACAAUUGUAG